UUAGACAACCGCGCCAAGACCUAGCCCAAUCCAGUCCAAUCCGAUGGCAGCCUUCACACAGAACCAGACCUUUGCUCUGCUGCUCUUGGUCGCCCUGGCAGGCAGCACAGCGGCUCAGACUUUUACGCAAGAGGAUCGUGGCUCCAUACUGAAGUUCAUGGAUGUGCUGAUGAAUUUUCUGGACUUGGAGACGGACAACACCACCAGCACAGUGUCGCCCUUGGAGACCACCACCACAGUGCCCAGUGAACCCACAGGCGAAACCACCGAGAGCACUGACACAACGAGAAACUCCACGGUGGGGGACUCAACGAGUGAGGGAACCACUACGCUGGCAUCGAAUUCAACGGAAUCGGACACAACCACUGAGGUUACAUCCACUACAGAGAGACGUCGCAUUUGCUUCAAACGUGUCUGCUACAAGUUCAGCAGCGACAAGGGUUAUAUCUACUAAGGGAGAGGCGACGACUGCUCAGCAUAACGCAUCCAUUCAUUCAUCAACGCAAAUAAGGGAUAGGGGAUCCAAUCAUCCACUCAAUAUACGCAGAUUGGACUACAGAUCAAUCGAUUGCCAGCCAGCACUCGUCAGAAAUCUAUCCGAGUUUCAAGGAUCCGCUGAAUUCAGCAGAAAGAACCAAUCAAAGAACCAAUCAGCAGAAUUACUCCAUUUCAUACAUGACAGCUCGAUGCAGUCAUUGAAGCACUCGCUGAUUAUGUGUGGACUCGAUGAAUCGUAAAUGCCAUUAGCAGUGUCCUUCCCUUUGGGCAACUGGACCAUGCAACCCUAGAUUAUGUAAUUGAAAUCGUUUGUUGUGCCACAAAAACCAAUAUUCUGCAAGUCAAAACGUAUGCAGCAAUCAUUA